GGGAGGGAGAAUAGGAGGGACGGAGGCAGAGAGAAAGACAGAGAGGGAGGGUGUAAGCUUGGAAGUGUGUGAGUAAAGAGAGAGAGGGACACACACACGCGCACCAAGAGAGAGAGAAACAGCAGUGUGUGUGAGCGAGAGGUUGAAGGAUCACUUCAAUCCGGUCUUGUUUUGGGAGACUAACCUUGUUCAUCUGAGCAUUGUUGGACUGUUUUAUGUUGUUGUUGUCGAGAGAGACGGACCCUUACUCCAGCAUGCUCACUGAGCCUGAGCUACCUCAGGAGUGUAACAGGAUGUCUUCCAAGCGACCAGCCUCUCCAUAUGGGGGGACAGAUGGAGAGGUAACCAUGGCAACCAGCAGACAGCGAGUGGAGGACGAUGAGAGCGAGGGACUGGGCGGUGUCAUCCACCUCCCCCUGGCCUCCUACUGUGGCAAGGUGUCCCCUCGCUCGCCCCCCAACCGCAACUUGGACAGCCCCCUGGUCACGGAGCAUGACGGCACCAAGGGGAGUUCAUUGAGUCCUUACCCGCUUCACAAUGCUACCUCACCAGGCAAAGAGGAGGGUGGAGGCGGGGGACGACCCUGCAGCGAUGGCGGCUUGGCGACGGGUACCCUCGGGACCCCUGAGAGGCGCAAGGGCAGCCUGGCGGACGUUGUGGACACACUGAAACAACGCAAGAUGGAGGAGCUGAUCAAAAACGAGCCAGAAGAGGCCCCCAGCAUUGAGAGACUCUUGUCAAAGGACUGGAAGGAUAAACUUUUGGCCAUGGGCUCAGGGCACAUCGGAGAAAUUAAAGGUACCCCAGACAGCCUGGCGGAGAAAGAGCGCCAGCUCAUGGGCAUGAUUGGCCAGUUGAGCAGCCUGAGGGAGCAGCUCCUGGCGGCCCACGAGGAGCAGAAGAAGCUGGCCGCCUCACAGAUGGAGAAGCAGAGGCAGCAGAUGGAGCUGGCCAAGCAGCAGCAGGACCAGAUUGCCCGGCAACAGCAGCAGCUUCUGCAGCAGCAACACAAAAUCAACCUCCUGCAGCAACAAAUCCAGCAGGUCCAGGGCCAGCUUCCUCCACUGAUGAUUCCCGUCUUUCCUCCUGACCAGCGGACUCUGGCGGCAGCCGCAGCCCAGCAGGGCUUCCUGGUGCCCCCUGGCUUCAACUACAAACCUGGCUGCAGUGACCCCUACCCUCUCCAGCUCAUCCCCACAACAAUGGCUGCCGCUGCAGCCGCCACUCCUGGACUCGGACCCCUACAGCUACAGCAGCAGUUGUACGCAGCUCAGCUGGCGGCCAUGCAGGUUUCCCCAGGAGCCAAGCAGCAUGGAGGCAGCCUUCCACCCCAAGCUAACCUGGGCACACACUCCCCACCCACCAACACACACCCACAGAGCGACAAGGGCCGCAGCCCCCCACCCACAAACAAAACCAAGGACAGUGAGGGUGCACAGCCACUGAACCUAUCGGCCAAGCCUAAGGCAUCCGAGAGCAAGUCACCCAACUCCCCCCCAACUUCCCCACAGGUUCCCGCUGCUGCUGCUGCCACCAAGCUGGGCCCCACUGGCUCCAUGAAGCACAGCGCCGUGCCCUCAAGCGUUGGAGGACCACCAGCCAGAGUCAGCUCAAUAGCAGACUUGUUGUCCUCGCUAUCAUCAACAGCCUACCUGAACGACCACGAGGCGGUGAGCAAGGCCUUUGCUGAGGCCCGGCAGAUGAAGGAGCAGCUGAAGGGGGAACAGCAGGCCCUGGACGCCAAGUUGGCCUCCGUUAGCAACCUCAGCCUCAACAAUGGCCGCUCAGACAAGGACAAAGCCGCCUUGGAGAGUUUGAGUCAGCAGCUGAAACAGCAGGCCGAGGACAAGUUCAGCCACGCCAUGCUGGACUUCACCAUGAGUGGAGACUCUGACGGAUCACCCAGCGUUUCAGACUCCAGAAUAUUCCGAGAAGCUCGAGGUCGAAGCAGCAAUGAGCCGCACAUCAAACGGCCGAUGAACGCCUUCAUGGUUUGGGCCAAAGACGAAAGGCGGAAGAUUCUCCAGGCCUUCCCAGACAUGCACAACUCCAACAUCAGCAAGAUCCUUGGAUCAAGGUGGAAAGCCAUGACCAACCUGGAGAAGCAGCCAUACUACGAGGAGCAGGCUCGCCUCAGCAAGCAGCACCUGGAGAAAUACCCCGACUACAAGUACAAGCCGCGGCCCAAACGCACCUGCCUGGUGGACGGAAAGAAGCUGCGCAUCGGCGAGUACAAGGCUAUCAUGAGAUCCCGCAGGCAGGAGAUGAGACAGUACUUCAGUGUAGGGCAGCAGGGCCAGCUGCCCCUCAACUCUGCAGGCAUGGUCUACCCCAGCGCCCUGUCCAUGGCGGGAAUGCCCUCCCCCCAGAUGCCCUCAGAGCACUCCAGCAUGUCCAGCAGCCCCGAGCCCAACGCCAACCACCACCAGAUCCCCAACAUGUCUGGCCUGAAGGGCGACGAGCCAAGGAUCAAGGAGGAGGAGCUGCGGCUGGACGAUAGCAAUGGCGAUGUUUACGAUGACUUUGACUACGAGGACGAAGAGGCCGAUUACGCCAGCGAAAACGAGAACCACAUCACCCAAUAAGACGCCAUUGCAAGAACUCACUUUUUAAGCCAAUCAUUGCUGGUAUAACUCUAAAAUGAUCCCAAACCGUCCAAUCAGGAAGAAGACUUUUUGCCAAUCAGAAAACCCCAACCCUUCCUGACUAACAUGGACUCGUUUUACUGAGACAACCCCCUGCCCCUGAAGUCCUGAUACCAGCAAGUGAUCAACCAAUGAAGCACAGGACCUGUCACUCACACUGACUGUUACAUACUGGAGUCGAAAGCUAACUGAGGAAUAUUCAAGUACUACUGCAAGAGGCUGAGUGUAAAGUGAGAAGAACUGCAGAAAAACUUACUUCUAGUCCUGUUUGCAGACAAAGGAAGAGGUUUUAAAUGAGAAACUAAACAGCGGACCUGUUAAAGGCUAAAAGAUGACACUUUAGGGUGGCGGACCUGUUUAUUAUCAAGAGACACUUUUAAGAAACAGCUUUUUUUGUUCUUUGGUUCUAUAAUAUUCUCACUCAGGUACACGGUGCCAAUAAGUGGCUUGUGAAUGUGAUUUGUUGUUUUUGUGCUACGAGUUUGAAUAAUAAUAGAAAAAAGAGACUUUCCCCGUUUUUGUUGUAAAGCUCCUGAUCAGACAUUUAUUUUUAAGAAACAAAAUUCCUUUCUUCGGCCUCGCAGUGCUUUUGUUAGCACACCUCCCCUUUGAAUCGCUCUCUUCUCUUUUCGUUUCGCCCCCCUGUUUGAAGUUUGAUGGGAUGGUCCGGGCAGAGCUGGCAGGAAAAUGCUCGGACCGUCCCACUUUGAGGGGUUUUUCAGGGAGGAGGAAACGGGGAGCAACUAGACAAUCCACGAGUUUUCUUCUCACUCCGACCCUCCUGUCUCUCUAUCAUACAGGUUCACCCGUGUGUGUGUCGGUGUGUGUUCACAUUUACCAGAGGCUUGCACUUCUCUUUUUUGUAAACAUGAAGCUAAAAACAAGAUUCUGAAAGCAACUUGUUCUGAUGCUGCUGACCAAGACGCACACGCGCACACACACACACACACACACACACACACACACACACACACACACACACACACACACAAAGAGCUAUGUCUUGAAGUGUUUCCUGCUCCCUCCAAUCAACGUCGUCCUGCUGUGGUGGAGCUGGAUUGAAGUCAGCCAGUCAGUGUUUUUGUUUAAAUACUGUAUUUUACUAUUUCCUCUUCAAAAUCUGCCUCUAGUCUAAUAAUAUUAUUAACAAUGAUUAAAAGGAUGGUCAGCAUUUCCUAAGUUUAGUAAGUUAUGUACAUUAUAAUUUAUUUUUUCUCCUCUUUAUCAGGUUUUAUGUGAGACAGAAACAUUAUUCUAUUUAGCUGGUAGGUAUUUAGAUUUAAACAGAAGUUAUUUUACUUAUUUGUUUUGUCUUUUUUAUGUUUUGUAUUAAUCCUCUGGAUGGUGUUCUGGCCUGACGAUGCCAGCCUUCUUCUGAGCUGAUAACGCCCUUUGUUUUUAACAUCCAAGCCCAUUUCUACGAAGCACUCAGACUCUUUGCAGUCAAAGAAAAAGAAGAACAUGAUGUUUUUGUUGUUAUUAUAAAUUUAUUUGUAUUAUCACCAUAUAUAAUGUGAAAGUUCUCCUGUUUUUAAUUCUUUCAUUUCUUUGAGAAGUUUUUUUUUUUUUUUUUUUUCUGUGAACAGAGACCCCGUUUUGGCGACCUCACACAGGUCACACAGUGGAACAUCUUUGACCCGGAAACUCGCAUUUCCAUAGAGUGUUGGGACCACUGAGAAGAACAAAGCAAGGAGGAAAUAUUGAGAUUAAAAACAUGUUAAAGGGAGGCUAGUCCGAGGAAGACGAGGAAGUGACCCUGUUGAACUCCUGACCUUGACUGUAUUUGUUCUGUUGUUAUUAGAGGUCGGCAAGCAGGAGACACGGUCAGCUGGUGGUCGACAUGUACUGCCGAUUUUUAUGGGCCCAUUUUCAUGGCUGAUUUCUAGACAAAGUCGACCUUAUUUUCAUUUUAAAAUAUCACUUAUGACAUCAGUUGAUGCACAAAAUUUCUGAAGCUGAAUCAGUUUCUGAACUCUGAAUUUAACCAACUGUUAAAUCUUGACUUUAUGCACCGCUCAGUGUUAAAGUCUAACACCUAAAUAAGGUUUAUUUAGAGCAUUUUUAUGCAGAUGUUAUUAGUGAACGUAAAAAUACGUUUAAAUUUAAGUCAGCAACGAGGAUAUGCCUCUCUUUAAAUCGGCUUUAUAAGGACAAAUAUCGGCUGAUGCCGAUGUAUAAAAAACCGUAGAUAUCGGCCGACCGAUAUAUCGGUCUACCCCUAACUGUUAUUUUCAUGACCGAGGUUCUGAGUGUGUGUGUGUGUGUGUUUUUUAUUGAGUAAACUAUUUAAAAGAGGUCUUUAUAUCAAAUGAGGUGCUGUCUUUUGGGCUAACUUUUUGCUACAUCCAUAGUGGA